AGUAUAUCGGAGAGUGAAGGCUAUAUAGGGGAGGUGCAAACUCGUUCCGCGAAAACUCGGAACAAGGUUGCAGACGAUCGUUUGUGUGAGUGGAGCAGACGACAUGAUGCGGAGCGUGGGGAUUGUCUUCUGCUUCUUACUUGCCGGAGUCGGAUGCACUUAUGGACAAAACAUCAGGAACGACGACACCAUGAUAGAUGUGUCGGCUGGAUGGCUCUGUGAGGGCUUGGAGUGUCCAUCAGGCACGGAGUGUACCUUGGAGCAGGGCAAAUGCACCCCUGAAGACUGCUCGCUUAAGCCAUCUUGUUCUCCUCGGUUACCGAAGUGCAAGGGCUGCAAGCGGGGUUGCGCUCACGCAAUUAUCGCCCGCGGAGCAACCAUAGGCUGCCAUCCCUGCCUCUGCGAGAUUUCUGUUCGAAGGAGCCUCGUAGAGCAAAUCAAAGAAGCACGUGCUCUGGAAGCUGCUCCGAAUGUGACGAAGGAAGACGUCCCGGAGGAACAUCGUGCUUCAGAAGAAGAUACAAAGGAAACAUCACCAGAAACCCCACUAGCGGAAGACGAACUACACCCAGGAAUCCACCAGGGAACGUUGAAAUCUGUGGAAGAAUCGACAGACGGCGAAACCCCAGUUGUUGUCGUCUACGAGGCCGUUGUUGUGGAAGAGCCUCAGCCGAACUAGAUUGUUCAUUUUCACUGCACUGCUUGUGCACCUGGAAAUCUAGGUUACAUUAUAUACAUAUAUAUAAAAAAAAAUAUGGAGACGUUAAUGGGAACGCAGUCAGGACUGGCUACUCCGUUCACAGCUAACUGUGCCCGGCAUGCUUACGGCGUUUCGUUAUAGGCUAAGCUCUCCACAAGCAAAUAACGAAACGACGAACUGACUUUGAAAGUAUGCCGGCCACGGAAGCGGGACUUCCGAGAUGCUUAAUUGUUACUGGAAUGUUAAAUCAUUAACGUUGUUCCACAGGGUAAGACAGAUUAGAGCACUGCACGGGCUUACCCGAAAACCCGAGCCCGGACCGGACCGGCACGGCCCGUGGGCCUGGCCGGAUAAAGCUUUCUUUUUGCUUGAGUGGGCUGGGCUCGGGUGGGGCCAUUAUGGGCCCGGCCCGUACAUUGUCGAGCCUAGCUCGGGCACGAGUCUGUGUGGCCCGUCUGUUAGUUAGCCACGGACAAAUUUUACAGGCUGAUACACUGGGCCAAGCUUGGGCAAGUCCUAGGCUAGGUAUGCAGCCGUCGGGCCAGGCCCGGGCGGGUAAAUCAAAGGAUGGCCGGGCUCGGGCCGGGUCUGGGACUAAGAAUGUGGCCCGUGCAGUCCUCUAAGACAGAUCCCUGUAGCGCUUAAACGAGCGACUGUAUGUGUUUCUACUCAAAGCCACACCGGCGGUGGCACGCUUUGCUAAUAAAUGGUUUGUUUGAAAGAUA